CCACUUCAUCUCUUUCAUCCCAAACAGUUACAUUUUCUCUCCCUCCAAAUCUGCAAGUAAGAGAGAGGAAAUAUUUCUUCUUCUGUGCCCCGAAGGAUAACUGCCAAUUGAAGAAAAGUCAAAAGACAUGGACGGUUUUGAUAGGGGUUUCUCAUCAUCAAUGCAUAGUAAACCUUCUUCAAUUCUCAAAAUCUCAGAAUCCGAUGCAGUUGGGCUUAAUGAGAACAAUCCAAACCGUAGUUUUCAGAACCCAAAGAAAUCAACUACGAAGAACUUCAUGUCACCAACGAUUUCUGCAGCUUCCAAGGCUACUCUUCCAAGAAAGAAAAUCUUGGCAGAGAGGAAUGAAGCUUCUGGAUCAAUUUUAUCAGAUGCCCAUUUCUCAAAAACCCCACAAGACGCUAAAUCACCUGCUGAUGUGGGUAUCAAUGGCUCCGAUGGCCCUUUGUGUCGUACCACUCCGUUGUCAUAUCGGGCUUCUGAAUCCGAAGGCGAUGAUCAGAAUUCUGUGCCCGAUUCGUCCUCGAGGCCUUAUGACCCCUUAACGAAUUACCUCUCCCCGAGGCCAAAGUUUCUCAGGUACAAUCCCAACAGGCGACGAGAAAUUUUCCUUCUCAAGGAAAAUGAAAUUGAAGACGGAAAUGGUCGAUUGAGUAUCGGCAGAAGUGUUUCUUUUGAAUCUCAGAAUGCCAGUGAUGAGGACGGUGCUCGUGAUACUUCUUCUCAAGGAGGCUCUGUACAGCCAGAAGAUGAGGAAAUUGUUGAAGAUGAGGAAGACAUUGAGGAGGAAGAGGAGCAGAGAGGUUGGAGUUUGAAAGGGGUAUUGAAUACUCUGUUUGUAUUUGUUCUUUUGGUCCUCUCCACAUCAUAUAUAUCUUCAAUGAAUUCUCCCUCUCCCACACCUUCCCCUGCCAUGGAAGCUAUAGAGGGAAUCAAAGAUGGCUACUUGAAAAUUCAGAGCCAUAUAUUUGGAGCUGCCUCUGUGAAAGGUCUUGAAGAUGGACUCUCACAAGCUAUAGAGGGUGUUCAAAAUGGGUAUUUGAAGAUUCAGAGCCAUAUGUUUGGAGCUACCUCUGUGAAGAAUUCUGAAAGCGGAAGUGAAUUCAUGGAGCAACAAGAAGAUAGGAAAAUGGGUUUGAUUGAAGCAAAUCAGGGAGCUGUUGAAGGAGAGGUGGCUGGAGAUGAAAAUGGGGGAGUAGCAGAAGAAACUGAUGAACUGGGUCAAGUGGUAGAGUUGCAGCAAGGGGAAGAAAAUGAAGAUCUUUGUGGCCGGGAAAUGGGGAAAACACUGGACGUUUCUGAUCGGAUGGCUGCAAAUUUGGAGUUUCAAGAGAAAACUGCAGAGAAGUUGGAAGCUUUUCAAGAUGAUCCGAUACAGACUCCUGAACCAGUUGUUCCAGGUAUUGCAGAAAAAGAUGUGAUGAAUACUGAUUCCAUUUCUAAAGAGGAACAAGUAGAAGAUGAUUCAGAUGUGGGGGGAGCUGGUAAUGAAGAAAUGGUUGCAGAUGAAAUUGAGGGAGUAGAAGACCUUACUAACAAGGAAAAUACAAACGUUGGGGUUGCCAAUCUUGAACCAGAGGUGAAUUUGAAGGAGGGGGUUACUGAACCUGUGGAAACUGAUUCAAUUCCCAAAGUUGUCAUUUGGGCUUCUAUAUUUGCCAUCAUUGUGGCACCUUUGGUGUUGGGAUUUCAUCUCAAGCGGGAAAAAACUCUGAAAAAGGAUUCACCCAUGACUGUGAAUCAGUGUUCUGAGUCUCUGGUAGCAGAGAAAAGCUCAGUAGUAGUGGUACCACCCAAUGGGGGUGAGGACCACAUUGAGAAAGUUGAGUCCUAUGCCGACCCUUCAGUGGAGGAAGCUUCCCAAGAGGUCUCUCACAUUGAGAAAGUUGAGUCCUAUGCAGACCCUUCAGUGGAGGAAGCUUCCCAAGAGUUCUCUCAAAGCCGAGCGCCAAAAGUGGAGCUACUUGGAGAAUAUGUGGUUGGGGAGGUCUGUAGUACUCCUAAGAUAUACAGCAUGAAAAGUAGGAUGAUGAUGGAAGGUGAAGAAAGCAACCAUUAUUCAGUUUCUCAAGAGAAAGGGGGGACUCAUUCGAUUCCUAUUCGCACACAAGCGACUCUCUCAGCUCUUUCCACCAUGGAUUCCCCUUCAUAUGGUAGCUUCACUGCUGAGAAAUCAAUCAGGAAAAAAGAGGACGGCAGAGAUGGAGAAGUGAAGAAGAUAGUGACAACCCCAGUGAGGCGAUCGAGCCGAAUCCGCACCCGUGCAAUCAUGUCUCCAUGAGCCACAUCUUAUCAUCUUCAAAAUUAUUAGCCUGCGCUGUGUACUGUACCAUUUGGAACAGCAUCCUCUGUUGUUUCAUUUUUCAACCAACCCCCCCUAGGAAAAUUAUGGGAGAGUGUAGGCUCCUUGACAAUUCUUAUUUGUAGAACUAAUCUAAUGGGUUGUUGUAUUGUAGGAACUGAAUUUUUUUAUUUCAAUUGAAGCAAAUUCUGAUUAGGUUUGUGCCCCCA